UCCUCACUUCCAACAAUGGCGGCUCCGACCCCAAGCGGCAGCGGCGGUGGCUCUGGGGACGGUGGUGGCACCCCGGGCCCCAUCAGGCCUCCCGCCCCCGGCCACCUGGCCGUCAGCUGCAUGCAGGGUAAAAGCAAAGCACUGAAGUUGAAUUUUGUCAAUCCACCUGUCAAAUCGACAGCACGGUUUACUCCCCAUCCUAACACUACAGGAGUCCAGAACCCACACAUAGUGAGAACACCCAGCAUUGAGUCAUCAGGAAAACUGAAGAUCUCCCCUGAACAACACUGGGAUUUCACUGCAGAGGACUCGAAAGACCUUGGAGAAAUUGGACGAGGAGCUUAUGGUUCUGUCAACAAAAUGGUCCACAAACCAAGUGGGCAGAUAAUGGCAGUUAAAAGAAUACGGUCAACUGUGGACAAAAAAGAACAAAAACAACUUCUCAUGGAUUUGAAUGUAGUAAUGCGGAGUAGUGAUUGCCCAUACAUUGUUCAGUUCUAUGGUGCACUCUUCAGAGAGGGCGACUGUUGGAUCUGUAUGGAGCUCAUGUCUACCUCGUUCGAAAAGUUUUACAAAUAUGUAUAUAGUGUGUUAGAUGACGUUAUUCCGGAAGAGAUUUUAGGCAAAAUCACUUUAGCAACUGUGAAAGCACUAAACCACUUAAAAGAAAACUUGAAAAUUAUUCACAGAGAUAUCAAACCUUCCAAUAUUCUUCUGGACAGAAAUGGAAAUAUUAAGCUCUGUGAUUUCGGCAUCAGUGGACAGCUUGUGGACUCCAUUGCCAAGACAAGAGAUGCUGGGUGUAGGCCAUAUAUGGCACCUGAAAGAAUAGACGCAAGUGCAUCACGACAAGGAUAUGAUGUCCGCUCUGAUAUCUGGAGUUUGGGAAUCACAUUGUACGGGUUGGCCACAGGCCGAUUUCCUUAUCCAAAGUGGAAUAGUGUAUUUGAUCAGCUAACACAAGUGGUAAAAGGAGACCCUCCACAACUAAGUAAUUCCGAAGAAAGGGAGUUCUCCCCCAGUUUCAUCAACUUUGUCAACUUGUGCCUUACAAAGGACGAAUCCAAAAGGCCAAAGUAUAAAGAGCUUCUGAAACAUCCCUUUAUUUUGAUGUAUGAGGAACGUACUGUCGAGGUCGCAUGCUAUGUUUGUAAAAUCCUGGAUCAGAUGCCAGCUACUCCCAGCUCUUCCAUGUAUGUCAACUGAUACCGCUGCUACAUCAGACUUUAGAAAAAAGGGCUGAGAGGAAGCAAGACGUAAAGAGUUUUCAUCCUGUAUCACAGUGUUUUUAUUGCUCGCCCAGACACCAUGUGCAAUAAGAUUGGUGUUCGUUUCCAUCAUGUCUGUAUUCUUCUGUCACCUAGAAUGUGCAUCCCUGUAAUUCCUGACUGAUCACAGUGUUAGUGUUGGUCAGAGACCUCAUCCUGCUCUUUUGUGAUGAACAUAUUCCUGACGUGUGGAAGUCAGUACAAUCAAGUUGUUGACUGUGAUCAGAUCACACCUUAAAUUCAUUUCUAGACUCGAAACCUGGAGACGCAGCUACUGGAAUGGUGUUUCGUCAGACUUCUACCACCUGGAAGGACACAGUGAUGGAUGUGCUGUCUGAACAUAGAGACUUGGGCUUGAGUGAGAAGAGCUUGCACAGCCAGUGAGACACAUUGCCUUCUGGAGCUGGGAGACAAAGGAGGGAUUUCCUUUUUUUCACCAAGCGCAAUAGAUUUCCUGAUCUGAUAUUCUGUUGCUUUACAGUCACAGUUGAUGUUUGGGGAUCGAUGUGCUCAGCC